GCGUAUUGACUCAAGCCGCCAUUAUCCCGUAGUAGAAGGAGGAAGAACAGUGGGGAAGCAUCCAGGAAUUCUGCCACAGUUCUCCUGAAAAACCUCCUCUGCGCCAUGGAAAUGUCGGGAGCGGACAGCGACUGGAGGAGCCCACAGUUCCGACAGAAAGUCGUGGCUCAGAUCGAAGAGGCCAUAAGGAAGGCAGGAACCUCGAACACCACGCACAAGUCGGGCACGGACAUGGAGAACCACGUCUACGUCAAAGCCAAAUCCAGGGAGGAGUAUUUAUCUCUGGUGGCCCGGCUGAUCAUUCACUUCAGAGACAUCCAUAAGAAGGCUCUUGGAGGUUCAGAUCCCAUGAAUGCCCUGAAUACCCUGACAGGGGUUGGAGGGGGUCCUGGCGCCAUUGGCAUGGGGCCUCGCCCCGCCGGUGCUCCAGUGGGUGGCAUGGGGGCCAUGGGGCCGAUGCAGAUAGGCCAGCAUGCCAUGGCAGGGGUGGCUGGAAACCCACAAGCCAUCGGCGGACCGGGACCUAUGCCCAUGCAGCAGUUGGUGCAGCAGCAGCAACAGCAGCAGCAGAACGCCAUGCAGUUCCAGCAGUUCCAACAACAGCAGCAGAACGCCAUGCAGCAGCAGCAGAACGCCAUCCAACAGCAGCAGCAGCAGCAGAACGCCAUCCAGCAGCAGCAGCAGCAGUUCCAGGUGCAGCAACAGCUGAGGGCACAGCAGCAACAGAUGCAGCAGCAGCUCCAACAGCAGCAGCAGCAGCAGCAGCAGGCCCAGAACCAGCAGCAGCAGAACCAGAUGCACCAGUCCAGGCUGCAGCUUAUGCAGCUCCAGCAGCACGCUCAGGCCCAGGCUCAAGCCCAAGCUCAAGCCCAAGCCCAGGCUCAGGCUCAGGCCCAGGCCCAGGCCCAGUCCAUCCAGCAGAUGGUGCAGCAGCAGCAGCAGCAGGUCCAGGCUCAGACUCAGCCGGUUCAGAUGCCUCCUCACUCCCAGCAGCAACAGCAGCAGCAGCAGCAGCAGUCGGGCAUGGUGCCUCAGUCUCUGGCCGGACAGAUCCCAUCCCAGCACGUCUCUCUGAACCAGCAGCAGCAGAGGCUGCAGGCCUUCCAGGCCCGUGCAGCCUUGCAGCAGCAGCAGCAGCAGGCAGCGCAGCAAGCUCAGCAGGCCGCAGCGCAAGCACAGCUCAACGCAGCCGCCGCUGCAGCCGCCGUGCCUGGACAGCUGGUUCGUCCUGGGAUGCAGAUUCCAGCCCGGCUACCUCGAGCACCUCUGAACCCCAUCCCUCCUCAAAACACCACCACCGCUGCAGCUGGCGUGGUGGGAGUGCAGGCCAUGACACCGCAGCAGAUGUCAUCGCCCUCACCGGUGCAGGUCCCGACUCCUCAGUCGAUGCCGCCGCCUCCGCAGCCGUCACCCCAACCCCCGACCUCACAGCCCAACUCAGCCAGCUCCGGUCCCACUCCGUCUCCGGGGGGUUUCCAGCCCAGCCCGUCUCCUCAGCCCUCGCCGAGCCCCGCCAACUCCAGAACCCCCCAGAACUACGGCGUGCCCUCCCCCGGGCCACUCAGUACUCCAGUGAACCCGAGCUCGGUGAUGAGUCCGGCGGGGCCCACGUCUCUGGAGGACCAGCAGUACAUGGAGAAGCUCAAACAGCUCUCCAAGUACAUCGAGCCGCUGCGCCGCAUGAUCAACAAGAUCGACAAAAACGAAGACAGGAAGAAGGACCUGAGUAAGAUGAAGAGCUUGCUGAACAUCCUGACCGACCCCAACACCAGGUGUCCCCUGAAGACGCUGCAGAAAUGUGAGAUCGCUUUGGAGAAGCUGAAGAACGACAUGGCGGUGCCGACGCCCCCUCCCCCGCCCGUGGCCACCAACAAACAGUACCUGUGUCAGCCGCUGCUGGACGCCGUCAUGGCCAACAUCCGCUCGCCCGUCUUCAACCACUCCCUCUACCGAUCCUUCGCCCCCGCCAUGAGUGCCAUCCACGGGCCACCCAUCAUGGGCCCGAACAUCUCCGGGCGCAAGAGGAAGCACGAGGACGACGAGCGGCAGACGAUCCCCAACAUCCUGCAGGGCGAGGUGGCGCGCCUCGACGUCAAGUUCCUCGUCAACCUCGACCCGUCGUACUGCAGCAACAACGGCACUGUGCACCUCAUCUGCAAGCUGGACGAUAAAAACCUUCCCAGCGUUCCUCCGCUGCAGCUUAGUGUUCCCGCCGAUUAUCCCGACCAGAGUCCGCACUGGGCCGACGACGGAGAGCAAUACGGUGCGAACAGCUUCCUGCAGACGGUUCACAGGAACAUGACGUCCAAACUGCUGCAGCUGCCCGACAAACACUCGGUGACCGAGCUGCUCAACACCUGGGCUCGCAGCGUCCAGCAGGCCUGCCUGUCUGCGGCCUAAGACCCCACCCACUGCUCCCCUUUCAGACAUGUGGGACUGUCCUCCCCGUGCAUGCUGGGUAAAACCUGCAGAUGGGCAUCAUCAGAGCCGAAACCCAUUACCGAUUUCUCUGCUGCUCCUUGAAUGCGUCAUGAGUCUGUUUCUGUUAGUUUAAAUAAAGUUUUAGUUCCUGUUUUGUAUGACGUCUUUUUGUAUUAAAUAAAAUGUGUUCACUUCA